ACUAUAGCCACGAGCAUGACGAACGGCUCUUUCGAAAAUACAACAAGGAAGUGACCGUCUUAUUGUAAAGGAAAAUAAUCUGCGGAUAAAGCAUUUCGUCAAAGCGGGAGUCGCUUUGUUCGGCUGGUGGGUGUCGGGGGAAUAAAGUCAACGUGGACUCUCCCGAGGACCCAUUUGUGAACGUCUCCAGGGAUUCUGCUUUUAGCCUGCUAGCUAGCUAGCGAUGAACACGGACGUGGAAUUUCACAUCAGGCAGAAUUAUCCGUGGAACAAGCUCCCAGCUAAUGUCAAACAGAGUUUGGGGAAUUCUCAGCGUGAAUAUGAGAAGCAUGUUUUGCUGUACAGCAUCCGCAACCAGCUGCGAUUCCGCAAUAACUUAGUGCGCCAUGUGAGGAAAGAUGAACGCAAGUACUACGAGGAGCUCCUGAAGUACAGCCGAGAUCACCUGAUGCUGUACCCCUACCAUCUGUCCGACAUCAUGGUCAAAGGGCUGCGAGUCACUCCAUUCUCAUAUUACAUAGGAAUCAUGGAGGAUAUUAUGAACAGUGAGAAGAGUUACGACUCCUUGCCCAACUUCACUGCUGCUGACUGUCUGAGGCUGCUCGGCAUUGGGAGAAACCAGUACAUUGACCUGAUGAAUCAGUGCAGAUCCUCUAAAAAAUUUUUCCGUAGGAAAUCAGCGCGGGACCUGCUACCGACCAAACCUGUGGAAAUCUCUGUGGAGCCGUGGUGGGUGGCACAGACAGGAUACAUCACUGAGGACGAUAUCAGGAUCUGUUCUCCAGCGGAGAAGAAAGCUAUCGAUAAGAUGAUAGACUCUGGUCCUCAGCUAGCUGGAUCAAUGGAGUACAAUGUGGUUCUAAGCUUGUACAAUCGGGGCUUCAUCUACUUGGAUGUUCCCAUAUCUGAUGACAGCUGCAUCUCAGUGCCUCCGCUGGAAGGCUUUGUCAUGAACCGAGUCCAGGGUGAUUACUUUGAAACGCUUCUCUACAAAAUCUUUGUUUCCAUUGAUGAGCAGACAAAUGUAGCGGAGCUGGCAAAUGUGUUGGAGAUUGACUUGGACUUGGUGAAGAAUGCUGUGUCCAUGUACUGCCGGCUCGGCUUUGCUGUAAAGAAAGGUCAGGUGUUCAGCUCAGACCAGCUCCACCCGACUUGGAAGAACGCCCCAUCUGUCAACAGGCUCAAGAGCACCAUGGACCCUCAGAAGAUGCUGCUGUCAUGGGAACAGGGGAGUCCGGUGAUGGAGGGAGGCUCGUCCGCUACCGACACAGACACCACCAGCCUGGAAGACCAAGCAGACACAGCCAGCGUCAGCAGCCUAAGCAUCCCUGCUGCACCCACCAAGAGGAUUGCUUUCCUCUUUGACUCCACCCUGACAGCCUUCCUCAUGAUGGGCAACCUGUCUCCGAACCUGAAGAGUCAUGCAGUGACCAUGUUUGAAGUGGGAAAGCUGUCUGAUGAGACUCUGGACAGCUUCCUGGCUGAACUGGAGAAGGUGGAAAGUACGGCAGAGGGUGAAGCCCAGCGUUACUUUGACCAUGCUCUGACCCUCAAAAACACCAUCCUCUUUCUGCGCUACAACAAAGAACUCACUCAGGACCAGGGACCAGAUAUCCCAAAUAUAGGUUUCCCCUUGGACAUGCUGCGAUGUGAGAGUUUGCUUGGUCUGGACCAGGCAACUUGCAGCCGCGUCCUCAACAAAAACUACAAGCUGUUGGUCUCAAUGGCGCCACUAAGCAAUGAGAUCAGACCCAUCAGCAGCUGCACGCCUCAGCACAUUGGCCCGGCCAUCCCCGAGGUGAGCUCCAUCUGGUUCAAGCUGUAUGUAUACCAUGUGACCGGCCAAGGGCCACCAUCUCUGCUGCUCUCCAAAGGCUCCCGGCUCCGCAAACUGCCAGAUAUAUUCCAGGUGUAUGACAGGUUGUUGAUCACUUCCUGGGGUCAUGAUCCUGGAGUUGUUCCCACAUCGAACGUUCUGACAAUGCUUAAUGAUGCCCUCACACACUCUGCUGUACUGAUUCAGGGUCAUGGCAUGCAUGGCCAUGGAGAAACUAUUCACAUCCCAUUCCCCUUCGAUGAGGAAGAUCUUAAGGGAGAGUUCUCCUAUUCCAACAUGUGUGUGCACAAGGCCCUACGGAAGCUGAAAGAACAUGUGGAUCUGGAGCACCAAUGUGGCUACAUCACCAUGCUCAACUCCAACAACAGGCACCGGCGCAGGCUCAGCGACAGUGGUGAGUGUAGAGGAGACACCCAUCUAGGAGGAGGUCUAGACACUAACGGCAGCACUGAAUCCUUUGAGCUGGUGACAGAAGAGAACAACGGAGAGAGCAAAGGAAAGACAGACUCUCUUUCAUCUGAGGAUGAGUGGGUCCCUCUCGAACUGUGCUUUGGCAUGCCCCUGUUCAGCUCCGAGCUCAACCGCAAAGUGUGUCGAAAGAUCGCCUCGCACAAACUCUUCAGCAACGAGAGCCUUCAGGAGUUGCUUCUAUCGAGCCGAAAGCUUUCGCUGAAGGUGUUGAGCUUUGUUCAGUCAUUCCAGGACGGCAGUCAGCCCUCUGACAUGGACAGCGGCGUGUCGAACCCUCUCAGUCAGCCUCCGGCGGAGUCCGGUGUCCCCCUGCCUGCCCUCAACCUUCUCUUCAAGGACGGACAGCUGAGGGAGUGGAGUGGGCGGGCCCCUCCUCCUCUGGACAUCUCAGCCCUGCAGAAGGACCAACCCACAUAAACCUUUGAGCUCCCGGUACUGGUCACAAGGAAAAUGCCAUCUCGUAUAAAAAAAAAAAAAAAAAAAAAAAAAAGAACCUCUCUCUCUCUGUCUCUCUAAGUGUUGAGUCUCAGUGAGGAAACAGAUUCUUAUGAGGUUUGACCCUGCAUCUCCAUAUCGGUCACAAGGAAACCCUCGUUAUGUUAGUAUCAUUCAUGGGAACAUUAGCCCCGCUGGCACUUUGUCAUGUACCUACUGUAUGAGGAAUCAUCCUACUGACUGUCUUGCUAACACUAGUACCAACCCCUGGCUUUUCCCCUCUGUGAUUCCUCGUAUUCGUAGCAAGGCAGUGUUAUCUGUUGGAGUGGUGCUAUUAUCACAGUAUAUAUAAUAACAGUGAUGCAGGUAAACAACAUAUAACUGGAUCCACAAGUGCUGGUCUGUGCUGACUGGCUAAAGCCCCCCCCUUCAAUCAGUGGAUAUUUUGUGAUCCUUGAGAGCGGAGCGUCAAAGGGUUUAAUACUGUAUAGAAGUGAUUAAAAUGACCCGCAGAAUAAAUGAAAGUAUUGAACUGACGUCUUCAGGAAUCAUUUUGACAUAUGCAUUCUAGGACUAAGUCUUUUAGGCUCAACCUGGUCAACGUGGGCUACAAAUCCAGAGUCCAGAGCCGCUGCCUCCCCGUAUUGUCUCAUGUAAAGUGAUCUGAUGCAUGAUUCUGUCGCACAAUCUUACCAUAAAAAAAAUACUUUUCCUCUUUGCUUGUAAUUGAUAUUUGAGGCAUCGUUUAUUUGCACUGUGCAGGAUUUCUCCAAACCUGUGGAUGAAGUAAUUUCAUGUUUUGUUUUUGUUUUUUUUAAUUGUCGAAGCCCUUAUCGUCUGCACAUAAUUUUCAUGCUCACAUUUGCUACAAAGAGUGUUUCCUCUUGGAUUAGUUCAAAUUGACUGGUUACUAAAGAAACUACUGAUUUUUAUCUUCUUUGUUUUGCAAAAUAUUCUUUGUCCAUAUGAGAGAACACCAAAGACCUUUUUUAUUUUAGUGUAUAAUGUUUUCUUUCUUCUGUUUUAUUGUACUUUCUUUUACUUUGCUGCCUUAUUACUGUCAGCCAAUCAGAAACUACCAGGUCAGGAUCAAAUCACUGGAUGUGAUUUGCUUCGGAUUAUUAUUUUUUUUUGCCUUUUUUUUUUUUAAAGAAAAAAGUAAUUUUACAAGUUUACUACAAAUGAUUUAUGUGCAUUUCAGUAUGUUUUCUAAUCGCCCUGUUUGAGAAUUCAACCAGAUUAACCAAGGGUAUCGUAUUAAGCAGAGCAGGAACAGUCAGGUCUGUGUGUUUGACCCAGGCUUAUUGCCUGCCAGUAUCUUUCCCUGGAUGGACUCCAGUUUGUGUGCAGAGCAGUGCACUCUUGGCCAGCUCACCCCACUCUCUGAAGGAUUCUGUUUACACCAUGUUUUGAACGGGGUUUGUUGUCUAGAGAGAUGUAGACGAUUUCUCUGUGAAGGCUGCCUCAGCCCCAUGGGAUAAAAAUGCUAAUCCUUUGCCCAGUGUUCUGAGAAAUGUGGUGUCCCAAAAAAUGCCUGAAGUCUGUUGUGAUUUUUUUCCCCCCAUUUCAGCGUGAUUCAACGAAUAUAUCGUACAUUUUAUUGCAUUUAGAAUGGUAACCCAUUUUGUCAGGCUCUUCUCUUGUUUUGAGGGAAUCUGCCUUCUGCAGUUUUUGACCCACUUGUGGUUGUUGUUUUGAAUAACGUGAUGCUGAUAAUAGAAAAAAAAAGACUAACAUGAGGUCAUGUUGAAGCAUGAUGACUGUGUAGAAACUGUUGUGCGUAUGUUGUGUAUGCGUGUGUAUUGUACACCUCACUCUUACAGUAGUGUGUUUUUAUACACGCCUACCUUUCACAAUAAGAUUUCCCCCAGUCCUACCUGUCUGGUAUCUAGUUACAGUACUCUGGUCAUCCCAGAAAUCCCCCAUUAUCCCCCAGGUAUACACUCACCACAGUGUUUAAAAAAA